AUGACAUUCACAACAUCAUCUUCGUCUUCAUCACCGACUAAAAACAAUGUUCAAACAAACACAACAACAACAACACAAAAUGCAUCUUCUCCAGAACCAACUUAUACAUUAGGAAUAAUACGUUGUAAAGAAAACAAUAAAAUAUUACUUAUAAAUAGAGAAAUACCACCACAUUUAGGAAGAUGGUUUGGAAUAGGAGGAGAAAUUAAAACAUCAAUAGGAUCACCAAUUGAAAAUUUAAAAAUUCAAACAAAUGAACAAACAGGAUUAGAUUUAAAUAAUUUUAAAUCAAGAGGUAUAUUAAAAUGGGAAAUUUAUAAUAAACCAGAUAUAAAAAAUGAUAAUUCAUCAACUACUUCAAAAUAUGAAGAAAAAAUUCAUAAAAUUUUUCAUAGUAAUUUAAAAAAUUUAAAUAUUCCAGUAAGUGGAUCAUUAUAUAUUUUUACAAGUGAUAUAUCAAUAACUCAAUUUGAAAAUUAUAGAACUCCUUUAACUUAUAAUAAAAAUUUAGGUAUAUUAGAUUGGAAAAAUUUAGAUUGGUGUUUAAAUGAAUUUAAUUAUGGUAUUGUUGAUUUUUUAAAAUUUUUAUUACCCAAUGUAUUUAAUUGUAAUGAAAAUGAUUUAUUUAUUGUAAAAUAUCAUGAUUUAGAUUUAGUUGAAACUUUACAUGAACCAAGUGAAGGUAAUAAAGUUUUGCCUUGA